UAACACCAAUUUGUGACUGUAGAGACUGUAGCAGACCGUCUCCCGUAGUCAAAAAUCAUGUUCUACACAUACCCAGAUUAAUGGAGCUCCAGUUCGAGCCGGUCGCGGACCAGCUAAGUCUGCAACUGCAAGAGUUCUGUCAGGGAACUAUGCCUGCUGGGGAGGUGAGAAUGCAGCCUUUUGGUACAGUAAUUACCAAGGCUUACGCGGAGUGUGCUCAGCAAAUUCUGGACUUGGAGGUCAGACACGAUGACAUUUGGGUCAUCUCCUUCCCUAAAUGUGGAACAACAUGGACUCAAGAAAUGGUUUGGUUACUGAAAAAUAAUUUAGAUUUCGAGAAAGCAAAAUCCACCUAUUUGUACUUCAGGUUCCCUUUCUUAGAGUACAAACCUCUGUGGGGACAGAACUCGGCAGAUAUUCCUGAUCUAAUUGAGCACGUUAACAAGUCGCCAUCUCCGCGAUUUAUCAAGACUCAUCUUCCUGUUCAACUUCUGCCGAAACAAAUCUGGACCAAAAAACCUAAGAUAAUAUAUGUGUUCAGGAACCCUAAGGACGCAGCGAUAUCGUACUUCCAUCAUUUCUGUUUGCGAAACAACUAUGAAGGUCCUCGAGAUCUCUUUCUCAAAGCAUUUGUUGAGGAUAAAGUUAUAUACAGCCCAUUCUGGAACCAUGUAUUGCCAUAUUGGAGAUUGAGAAAUGAACCGAACGUCCUAUUCAAUACAUUUGAAGAAAUGAAAAAGGACCUGGUCUCGGUGGUUAGAAGAACGGCAGAGUUCCUAGGGGUAAAGGUUCCAGAAGACCAAGAGGCCGAACUCCUGGAUCACCUCAGUUUCUCUAGCAUGCAAGGCAACAAAUCUCUUAAUGUUGAAAAUUACAUCCGCCAGACCGAGCAAAAGGAAGGCAAGUCAGGGUUACAGUUCAUGCGCCAGGGGGAGACUGGGGGUUGGAAGAAGGUGCUGAGUCCAGAAUUGUCUAGACAGUACGAUGAGUGGACCAACAAGAACCUUGCAGGAACAGACUUCCCUACAGCCUAAGAAGACGUUGUUAAAUGUUUGCAAAUAGUGAUUGUCUAAUAAGCCUAUAUAUAUAUAUAUAUAUAUAUAUAU